GCUUGCAGUGUGCAUAUGCAGGCUACUCAUCAACAGGAGAUAGUGGAACCACAAACAUUACCUGUCAGACCUUGGUUUUGACUACCAUUCUACUUCAAUCUGGCGUCAACAUCUAAUUUCUGGGCUUGAGACGGUGACAUUAUUCCACGGCACCGACAUUGCGACUGCUUAAAACUUGACCAGCACUGUUGUUCAGCAAACAUGGACGAUACUAAGCCACAGUACGAUGCUAUUCAAGGUCCUUAUGAUUAUAUUCGUACAGCAUCAAUUGCGCUUAUUGAGCGUGAGAAUGUCUCUGACGCUGUAGCGCCAUUCAUCAAAGAUGCGCAGGUUCUAGAACUCGCCUGCGGCUCAGGUUUCUAUACCUACAGCUUCCUCUCCUGGGGUGCCCAGUCAAUUCUCGGAGUCGACAUCUCAUCCGUCAUGAUCUCCUCAGCACUCCAACCCUCACAAGCAGAUAAAGUAUCCUUCAUCCAAGCAGACUGCUCCAUUCCCGCUGCCUACCCAGGUGGCCCAUUCGAUAUUGUCUUCGGAGCCUGGCUCCUCAACUACGCACCCGAUCGUGCGAGUCUGGUCAACAUGUUCCGUAACGUCGCUUUGAAUCUCAAAGAUGGUGGACGUUUCGUGUCAAUCACUGUCCCACCAUCGUCUAAUCCGAUUGACUCGAUGAACGCCGAGAAGGAUGCAAGACCAUUACCUGCUGGUUCUGGGUAUCUUUUUUAUGAACAUUUGGAGGAUGUGGAAGAUGGGAUUUAUUUCAAUGUGCAUGGAGAGACGCCGGUAGGGGACUUUGACUUCAAGUGCUAUCAUCUGAAGAAAGAGGUGUAUGAGGAGGCAGCGAGAGAGGCGGGUUUGAAGGGAGCGUUGGAAUGGAGUGUUACAAAGGUUCCGGAGAGGUACUUCGAAGGGAAGGGGGAGGGUGGGGCCAGUAUGGAGGAGUUGGAGACGUACAAGACGAUUCCGAAUUAUGGCUUGAUGAUCAUCACGAAGUAG